AUGACAACGAUGUCUGUGGGAACACGCCGACAUCGACCAAAACUAGUCACACCAUCGAAUACAUCAUUUUCCAAUUGUGUACAAGAUCGUUUAUUUGUAAAACAACCACCACCUCUUCAGUCGUUUCAACCCAUUGUCUAUUUGGAUGAAAAUGGGAAGAAGCAUGUACGCGUUAAUGAUCCGUUAGUAAAAAGUAAAAUUUCUUCGGAUCGACGAUUACAACAACGAAAAAACAUGUCGCCUGUUUUAUCACGUUCAUUUGAUCAAAAAUCAUCUGUGUACGGUGUGAGAAAUCCGAAUAUUGUUGCACUUGUAGCUGAUAUUGAUUUGAAUAAGGAAGACGAAGAUAAUGAGCAGCUAUCGGAUGAUAAUGAAAAUAAUGAUAAAUUGAAAAUUGUUGAAAUUAAGCAUUCAAUUAAUCGAAAUGGUACCAAAUUAAAGCGAACAACUUCCGUUACAGGAAAAGAAAAUGAGACCAAUAUGACGCCAAGAUUAGAAAAUCAAUUUAGAAAAAGUCAAAUGUCAUCAGCAAUGUAUGAGCGAGAUGGAAGUGGAAUUGUCGAAGGUGACGAUGAUGAUGAUGAUGAUGAUGACGAUGAUGACGAUGAUGACGAUGAUGAUGAUGAGGAUGACUUUAAUCAGUCACCUAAACCAAGACAUACCAAACGUCAUUCUUCAACUAAUAAUAAACAUGAUCGAUCAUCCAGAAAAACAUUGGUUUUUUCUGAUACACCACUUAGCAGUAACAACAAUGAUGGUGAUGGUAUACCGACAAAUUCUACACUCGAUUAUAGAAUGUCGCAAGAUUUGUAUAAUGUUCCAUCUAGUAACGAAGAUCUAUACGAUAAAAAAGAUGAAGAAAUUAGAAUAAAAUCCACAGAACUCGAUGACGAUGAGACCUCGUCACAUUCACCACAACGCCAACAUGGAAAAACAGAAUCAAAAGUACCAGCACACCAUAAAGACAACAUUACUUCUGAACAGCAGUCAAUGAAUAAUGAAUCUGCAGUCAAAACUCCAGUUGAUGAACAAAGAAAACGACAAUCAUCUAUUGCCAAAUCACAUGAAAGCGCAAUGUCGCCUAGUUCACCAAAUGUACCUGUGGAAGAAGAAGAAGAAGGAGAAGGAGGAAUAGAGGAAGAAAAAGAGAAAGAAGAAGAAUUGAGAAAUCCUACUGAUAACAGCAAUGACCCACAUCUGUCUACGCACAAAUCGACUUCUCGUGCUUCAUCAGCAGAUUCAACUAAUACUUCUGCUCUGCUAAGGAGCAACAGUUCACGUGAUGUAUCGGAUAAUGAUGAAGACGGAAAUGAAACAAAUGAUGUUCAAAUAAAUUUAAGACGAGAAAGCAGUUUUACUGGAGAUCGAAAAUUAUCUAAAAUGGAUGAUCCGAUAAUAUUGCCAGUUAAUAACGAAGACGAAGAUCAGCAAAUUCAACAAUACGGUGAAUACGAUGAGAGUCAAGUACUUAAACUCAAAGAAUCAUUUCAGCCGGUUAUAAAUGAGGCAGCAUCAUAUGGACAUGUUGAAAUUGUGAGAGGACUAUUGCAGCAAGGUCAAAGUGUUCACACACAAAAUUUACUUGGUAGAACUACGUUACAUGAAGCAUGUAAAAGUGGAAAUGUUGAAUUAGUUAAAGAAAUUCUUGAUCAACGAGCAAUUAUUGAACAAAAAGAUCAUAAAGGAAUGACAUGUGUUCACAUUUGUGCUUAUCAUGGAACAACAAACUGUCUCCGUUUACUUCAAGAAUAUGGUGUUAAUUUGAAUGCAUGUGACAGUGAAAAUCGAACAGCUGCACAUUAUGGGGCAAUUCGAAACCAUCUUGAUAUACUCAAAUAUUUAUCUGAAAAACGAGCAUCACUGACAAUGAAAUGUAAUGACAGUUUAAAACAACCUAUUCACUAUGCAGCUCAAUAUGGAUCUCUCGACGCUCUAACAUUUUUAUUGAAACAUUCUGUAAUUAAUCAGUUAGAUGCAAAUCAAAAUACAAUCGCUCACUAUGCUGCUGAAAACAAUAACAUUGAUUGUUUAAAAUUAAUGAAGAAACAACAAAUUAUUCUAAAUGAGAAAAAUAUACUAGGACGUACACCAGCACAUGCGGCUGCUUUUCAAGGCGCUUCACAGGCACUUCAUUGGCUAUUAGAAACAAAAACUUCGAAUAUAAAUGACCAGGAUGAUGAAGGCAAUACUAUGGUACAUUUAUCAGCCAUAAAAGGACAGGCUGAAUGUUUCAAUUGCCUAAUUAAUCAUGGUGCUUCACUUGAUAUCUACAAUUUUGAACGUCGUGAAAUGCCAGUGGAUAUUGCAAAACGAUACGGAAAAGCAGUGAUCAUAAGUAAAGCAGGAAAAAAUGAAAUUCGUUGUCAAUAUUGUAUUAAAAAAGAAGAACGUCUAAAAUAUGAAAAAGCACAUGAACUUAGUUCAGUUGAAAAACAUAUCCAUAAACAAAUUAAAAAUGGAUACAAUCUAAAUAUUCCAAAUAAAACGUAA